CACAAAGACGCAUAGGCGGAAGUGGUGCGCGGGGGUCUGGCUGUGUGAAGACCUUCCGGGGAGGUGGCGGCCGCGGUGGCCGGGGCCGGAGCAGGAGCGGAGGCGGAGGAGGCCCAGCCACCAAAGGAAAGACAGGACCCAAUAGUGGAAACCAGCAAAAACAAGGUUGCAGACCUUGAAUGUGGCAAAGCAAAAACAAUGGACCUCAAGUUCAACAAUUCCAGGAAGUAUGUCUCCAUCACUGUGCCCUCCAAAACCCAGACAAUGUCACCACACAUCAAGUCAGUUGACGACAUUGUGGUGCUGGGCAUAAACCUCAGCAAGUUUAACAAGCUCACACAGUUUUUCAUAUGUGUUGCUGGAGUUUUUGUAUUUUACCUAAUUUAUGGAUACUUACAGGAGUUGAUAUUUUCAAUGGAAGGCUUUAAGCCCUAUGGCUGGUACCUUACCUUAGUGCAAUUUGCAUUCUACUCAAUAUUUGGCCUAAUAGAACUUCAGCUCAUUCAGGACAAAAGGAGAAGAAUACCAGGAAAAACCUACAUGAUAAUAGCUUUUCUAACUGUGGGUACUAUGGGCUUAUCAAACACUUCCUUGGGCUACCUGAAUUACCCCACCCAAGUCAUCUUCAAGUGCUGCAAACUGAUUCCUGUUAUGCUAGGAGGAGUUUUUAUUCAAGGAAAGCGUUACAACCUUGCAGAUGUGUCUGCUGCAGUAUGCAUGAGCCUUGGCCUGAUCUGGUUUACCCUGGCUGACAGCACGAUUGCACCAAAUUUUAAUCUGACAGGUGUGAUGCUCAUCUCCCUGGCUCUGUGUGCAGAUGCUGUCAUUGGGAACGUUCAGGAGAAAGCUAUGAAACUACACAGUGCUUCCAACUCUGAGAUGGUUUUGUAUUCAUACUCGAUCGGUUUUGUAUACAUUUUGUUGGGAUUGUCGUGCACUAGUGGACUAGGCCCUGCAGUGGCAUUUUGUUCAAAGAACCCUGUUCGAACCUAUGGCUACGCCUUCCUCUUUUCCCUCACUGGAUACUUUGGAAUCUCAUUUGUUCUGGCCCUGAUUAAAAUCUUUGGUGCUCUUCUUGCUGUAACAGUGACAACAGGAAGAAAAGCAAUGACCAUAGUCCUUUCGUUUAUAUUCUUUGCUAAACCAUUCACAUUUCAAGAUCCUGAGUUCAAUUUCCAGUAACCACAUGGUGGCUCACAACCAUCCGUUACAAGAUCUGGUGCCCUCUUCUGGUGUGCAGACAUACAUGAAAGCAGAAUGUUGUAUAUAUAAUAAAUAAAUAAAAUCAAAAAAAAUAAUAAGAAAGGACAUGUGAUGCAGAAUCACUGACUGAGUUAAAUGUAUGUGCCAGUGUGAGUGACUGCUAGUGGAGUGUGUGCCCUGUGAUGGAGGGAGGUGAGUGCAGUAUAGAGGACUGUUGGUGCAUGUUUCUGAUGGGAGUGAGUACAAGUGGUGUGCAUUUGUUGAGUAAAGGAUUUUACUUUCUUUCAAAUAUAUAAAUUUUAUGUUUAAAAUUCCUUCUUGUAAAACCUUUAUGGCCUCUUUCCAUGAUGAUAAACAAUAUUAAAGUAUUUUGUAAAUGUAUCCUAGUGAUUUAGUUUGUGGCUUCUUUUUUUGUUUGUUUUUUGGUUUUUUGUGGGGGCUUUGCUUUGUUUUUUUUGUUUUUUUGUUUUGUUUUGUUUUGAGACAGAUUUUCUCUGGCUUUGGAGGCUGGCCUGGAACCUCUGUCUCCUGAGUGCUGGGAUUAAAGGCACGCACCGCCACCACCGCCAGCUUAGUUUGUGGCUUCUUAUGAAAGUGUUCAACAGUCUUUUUGCUGUUUGUCAUGUGUUUGAAAGCUGUUUGUUUAAACAUUGUAGGUCAGGAAUUGGAAUUUCAAACCUAGUUUACAGGUACAUAAUUUUAAAUAAAAUUGUAAAUUUCCAUCACUAUA